AUGGCAACUUUGGCAAACGUCAAGAUUGACCGCGAAUUCUGGAAGGACUACCUCACAGCUCAGGCAAGCCAAUUGCCCCACCUCGACGAUGUAGAAGAUGUAACGGACCGAGUCAUCAGGGUGAUGGGAGGAAACCCCGGAGAGAUGCAGCUCCAGGGAACCAACACCUUCCUCGUCGGCACCGGCAAGGCCAGAAUUCUCAUUGACACCGGCGAGGGAGUUCCAAUAUGGGCUGAACGACUGAUCGAAAUCUUGAAAGAAAGAGAUCUCCACAUUUCUCACGUUCUGCUCACGCACUGGCACGGCGACCACACAGGCGGGGUACCCGACCUCGUUGCAUAUGAUGCCACCCUUGCAGACUGCAUUUACAAGUGCAAUCCUGACCCAGGCCAGCAUGCCAUUGAGGACGGUCAAAUAUUUGCCGUCGAGGGCGCCACUAUCAAGGCUCUCUUCACACCAGGUCACGCCGUUGACCAUAUGUGCUUCUUGCUCGAAGAGGAGAACGCUCUGUUCACUGGUGACAACGUUCUUGGACACGGGUUUUCCGUCGUUGAGGAUCUUGCGCUGUACCUUCAGAGUCUCGACCGUAUGGCCGAUCAAGGCUGCAUCAUCGGAUACCCGGCUCACGGAGUCAAAAUCGAAAAGCUGCCGGCCAAGCUCAACCAGUACAUCCGGCACAAGAGAGCGCGUGAGAAGAUGAUCUACGGGGCAUUGCUCGACAGUACUAUGUCGAAUGAAGGACGAAACACGUACAGCAAGUCCGGCUUGUCGACGAGAGAGAUUAUCAGUAAAAUUUACGGAGAUGUUCCACGGCACCUGCUCCAGAGUGCAAUUGAGCCGUUUACAACGGAAAUUUUGCGGAUGCUGGCAGAUACCCGCAAGGUGGGCUUCAUUGUACAGGGCGGCACGCAGCGAUGGUUCGUCAACAAAGCAUGUAAUAUGGCUGCGUAG